AUGGGCCGGAAGGGGUUUUGCGGUGAUCUUAGACACUUCUUCCUUCUCAUCGCUGUGGCAGGCUUCCUUGUGCAAAACACACUCUGUGCGUACAGCGAGAAUGCCGAGUCCGAUGUUGAUCAGAUGAUCUUUCCUGUGCCAUCAUCGGGCGACGACGAUUCAGGCGCUUCUGUGGUGGACGCCAUCGAAGGCUCUUCUCCUAACAUCACGUUGUGCCCUCCUGAUACUGUUUUCAUGGCUGAAAUAUUUAGUGCGGAUGUCGAAGGAGAGCUUCCUGAACGUGAAGAUGUGCAGCUUGUGACAGACUUUCAGUGGAACCGCUUUUUAAAUCUGAGUGACCCGGCCCCUUUCUUUCUGUGCGCCACGAACGGGCACAGAGGGUACAGUGAGAUGAUGAACGCAUUCAAUGAGACGUUCGUGCUCCCGCUUUUUGCGAACGCGACCUUGACGUGUCAGAUCGUGCAUUCGACCGCACGCCGCGUCCUAAACUUGACAGCCACCCUGCCUCAAGUGACCUAUGGUGCUCCCGUGCCCUCCGUCAUGAAGAUCUCAAAGGAUAUUCUGCGUCGCAUCAUUGAUGGUUCUUUUUGGAAACGCUCAGCUCCCAGGCUUCGACUUGUCGUGAGUCCUGGUCUCGAGCACGAUGAGUCGGGUCUGAUGAAAGUUCUUCAACGCAUCGUAACCAGCUUGCAGUCGGGCACCUUUGUAGAGGCGGUGGAGGAGGACUUCGAGUGGACCGCUGUCGAGACCGCAAGUAACUCUACCGCUGCGGCUGCCCAACAAAGUCGACGUCGACAAAAGCGUGAGCGCUUGCGGCAGCGGCGGCUCGGUACUGGGUUGGGUGGGGAUGAAAAUGAGGACACGAGCCAGCCUUCUGCCGGGGACGACAGCGACAAGCUUUUGAGGAGAAAUAGUGCAAGACAAUGGUCGCAGCAUAUCAAUCCGGUGCUUGAAGGUGAUCUUUCCUGCGAUUUCUCAAACGUGGGGGCGUCUAUCCAGUAUCCUUAUCUGCGACUCAGCGGCUUCGACAACCUGGCCUUGAAAGCAGACGGAAAGAGAAGACUUGAGCAAGCAUACGACUCCAACAGCACCAUAUCUGAUCAGUCUGCAUGCCUUUUGGCCUUGUUGGCAUUUGUGAGCAGCGACCCGGCCGUGCUGUACGUUGAGGAGUAUUCCUCUGUUGUUCUGUACAAUGCCGCGGCUGCUCAUCUAACGCAGUCAGGUGACGAUGGACAGUACAACCAAGCUACCAGCUCUUUCCCGCUCUACGACGUGGGUCUGGACGGUACAAAUCAGGUGGUGCAGGUCGUCGACACGGGCGUCGAUCAGAACAGUUGUUUCUUCAGCGAUGCCAAAGGUCCUCUACCGACGACUACCAUAAGCGAGGCUGCUUUCGACUCGAGCAGACGAAAGAUUGUCCAGUACGUGCAAUGGGCGGACAGCACAGACGUGGAAAAUGGUCAUGGGACCCACGUGGCGGGAACUAUGGCAGGAGUCAGUUUGGAUACGUCCAUGGACAUGUCAUCCUACGAAGGAGUGGCGCGCGGCGCGAAGCUGGCAUUUUUUGACAUGGGUUUCAGCUCUGGGGGUCUGACUUUGCCGUCCAACUUCGCGACGCGCCUUUUCCCGCCGGGAUACGCUGCGGGAGCGAGGAUUUUCAGUAACUCUUGGGGCACACCGUCAGCCAAGUUUUAUACAUCGGCAGACACAGAGAUCGACAAGUUCAUGUAUGAGUACGAUGACACUCUGGUGCUCGUGUCAGGAGGCAAUAAAGGACGCGAAGGCAUUGGUGGUGUCGCAAGCCCUGCCCUAUCCAAGAACGUCUUGUCAGUGGGAGCCUCUUUGAGUAAUCGAUACGCCGACUUGGAUCCCACUCAUGUAGCCUACUUCUCAUCCUGGGGUCCAACAAAAGAUGGCCGCAUCAAGCCAGACAUUGUUACUCCCGGACGCCGGCUAGUCUCGGCUGCGUCGGGAGCAACCUGCGGAGUCACUAUCAAGCAGGGCACGUCCAUGGCCUGUCCUGUAGCAGCGGGAUCCGCCGCGAUGGUCCGGCAGUAUUUCGUGGAGGGAUGGUACCCGCGCGGAGUGAAAAGAGCCGCCGAUGGUUUUGUUCCAACAGGUGCUCUGCUCAAGGCGAUGCUGAUCAAUUCUGCAGUGCCUAUGGCAGCGUUUGAUUUCAACAACGGGACGCUACUGCCACUUGGAUUGCCACCUGAUGUGUAUCAGGGCCAUGGACGGAUCAAGCUCGCCGACGUGCUGCCUAUCAAGAGCCUGGGGGCGACUACCACGCCGAACCUGUACGUUGUGAAUGGAGCCAGUAUCAAGGAGGAAGAAAAGCACGUGUACAAGUUUAGCAUCCCCGCCACAGGAAAGAGUCCGGUCAAGAUCACGUUGGUGUGGAUCGAUCCUGACACAACAGCUAGCUCUGCGACGACUGUGUUGCAUGACCUGGAUCUUAUGGUAUACAGUCAGAAAGAAGGCUCGUCCUACUUUCCCAACGGUCGAACGAAUGCGGACAACGUGAAUACGGUCGAAAAAGUCGCACUGUACUCGCCCACGCCGGGUGACACCUUGACCGUGACAGUGACCGCGACGUCUGUUGCCACUCGGCCCGAGCAGCGAUACGCUUUGGCGGCUUCCGGGAACUUUGUGUCGGGGGCAUGGUACUGUCAGUCUCCUCGAUCGUCCCGUGCUGGGGAGGUGUUUACUACCGAGAACUGCGAUCAGAGUUGCGAUAACAACGGCUUUCUGAAGGAGCCUGUGUGUUGCGACGCAUCAGCUGGGAGCGUGUGCAGUGCCCAAGAAAUCGCCGCUGCUGCUGCCGUUGGUCUGGAAUGUGAUGCGGCAACUCGGCCCAUCGAAUGUCCGGCGCCGGUCCCUGUAGUACCACCGACGAAAGCCCCGACAAGGCGCCCGACAAGGUCUCCGACGGAAGCCCCGAUAAGAUCUCCAACGAAGCCUGUCACGGGGGACUGGUACUGUCAGUUUCCUCGAUCAACUCGCAGCAACGAUGCUCAGACCAUUAGAAACUGCCUCCACUGCAGCGCGGCCUGA